AUGUUCACGAAGUCAACCGCCACCACCCUUGCUAUCGCGCUCGUUGCCCUCAACGCAGCGUCCGGUGUCUUAGCUAAGCCAAUUCCGGGAUCGGAUGUAUCUGAUGCCUUAGUGGCAAGGGAGCCUCCCAAGCCUGCCCCGAAGGCUCCUGCCCCGGCGCCCAAGCAGCCGGCGCCCAAGAACAACAACCCACCUCCUAAGAACAACACCCCACCCCCAAAGAACAACAGCCCUCCCCCCAAGAACAACAAUCCGCCCAAGAACAACCCUCCUAAGAACAACCCGCCCAAGAACAACCCCCAACCUCCCAAGAAGCCUGAGACCCCGAAGCCCGCGCCACCCAAGACUCCCACUCCCCCUCUUCAACAGAACAACGGCCCCGCCACCCCGCCGGCGGCCCCGGUCAACGAUUACGACGUCGACUACGAUUCCAACCAGUACACCAACUACUACAUCAACUCUCCGUACAGUUGGUACCCGCCUGCUCCGGAUUACGGGAACGAGAACGGACACGGCGAUAACGGUGCUGGUGCGUGGAACCCAUGGUCGCAGUGGGGUGGAGGUUUCCCUUCCUACGGAAACCCUUACCAGAACUACGGGGGCAAUGGAGGAUGGGGCACUCAGAACAAGCCUAAGAAGCCCCAGCAACAAAAGCCUCACCAACCGCCAAAGAAGCAACAGCCGCAACAGCCAAAGAAGCAGCAGCCCAAGAAGCAGCAACCAGCGAAGCCGGCCGUUCAACCUCCCAAGAAAGGCAAGCGGGAGGAGGACAUGGAGGAGCGCGAUAGGCUUUACGGACGAGGGGUUAGCACAUCGUGGGAUUCGUACGACACCAGGGAUAUCGACGAGGAAUUGGAGGCCAGGGAGUACUGGGCUGAUCUUGACGCUCGGGAGUUUGACGAACUGAAUGAGAGAGAGGUGGAGAUGGAGGACUUGUAUGCCCGCGAAGAAGCCGAGUUGGAGGAACGCGAGUAUUACGGUGACUACCUGGAAUCUCGGGAUUUGGGAUACGAUUUCCUUGAUGCCCUUGAUUAA